UAUUUAGUACAUAAUUAAAACUUUUUUCAUGGAAAAAUUAUUUCUCUUAAAAGUUUUCAUACUACUUUCUUCAAUCCCAAGUCUUUUUGCAACACAAAUUGCUAAACAAAACUUAUGUAACCAUACCCCAUACCCUACAAUAUGUAAUUCAUUUAUUACAAACUCAAUUAAAUAUUUACAGUCGUCAAAACAAACUAAUAUAAAAUUUCGUAAUAUUGCACUUCUGAUCACCCUUCAGAAUGCUCAACAAGUCCAUAGACAGAUCUCGUCUAUGGACUUUACUACAUUAGAAAAACUAUCCAAAAUUGCUUGGGAAGAUUGUCUAGAACUUUAUGAAGAUACCAUAAACCAAUUAAACCAAACAAUCUCAUCAUCAUCAUAUAAUUCUAUAACCCUAGAUGAUAUUCAAACUUACCUAAGUGCAUCUAAUACCAAUCAUAAAACAUGCCAAAAUGGGUUUCUUGACCUUCAAGUUGCCUCAAAUUCAACCCUACUCACAUCAAAUUAUAUGUCAAAAUUUUCCCAAUUACUUUCUAAUGUUCUUGCCAUAAAUGGAGCCAUAUUAACUUCAAAUAAUGUCGUCGGCGGUAGUAAUCGUCGAUUAUUAGCGACAAAAAAUCCGUCAUGGAUGUCCAAGGCCGAUCAUACGUUACUUGAGUCAUCCAUGGAAGCUAUAAAACCAGAUUUGGUAGUGGCUAAAGAUGGCAGUGGGAAUUAUAAGACUAUUUCUGAAGCUAUAGCUGCUACAAAAAAGAUAAUAAAUGGGAAAAAUAGAUUUAUUAUAUAUAUAAAAGGUGGUAUUUAUAAAGAGAAUAUAGUGGUUACAAAUAAAAUGAAAAAUUUAAUGUUAAUUGGGGAUGGAAUUGAUGUUACAAUUGUGAGUGGUAACAAGAAUGUUCAAGAUGGUUCUACUACCUUUCGAUCAGCCACUUUUGCAGUUUCAGGGGAUGGCUUUAUAGCAAAAGGCAUAACAUUCGAAAACACAGCGGGACCACAAAAGCACCAAGCAGUAGCCCUACGAUCUGGCUCCGAUUUCUCAAUAUUUUACCGCUGUAGCUUCAAAGGAUACCAAGACACUCUCUACGUCUACUCAAAACGACAAUUCUACAAAGAAUGUGACAUCUACGGAACCGUAGACUUUAUCUUCGGCAAUGCAGCAGCUAUAAUUCAAAGCUGCAAUAUCUACGUAAGAAAACCCAUGAAUAACCAACAAAAUACCGUUACAGCCCAAGGAAGAUCCGACCCAAAUGAGAAUACGGGUAUUGUGAUCCAUAACUCGAUUAUUGAAGCCUCUUCGGAUCUUAAACCCUUUCAAGGUUCGUUUCGGACCUUCCUAGGACGACCUUGGCAAAUGUACUCAAGAACAGUGGUAAUGAAGUGUAAUAUUGACCGUUUGAUUGAUCAUGCUGGGUGGGCCCCAUGGAGUGGGAAUUUUGCUCUUAAGAGUUUAUAUUAUGCAGAGUAUAUGAAUAAAGGUUCUGGGUCGGGUACAAAUGGGCGGGUCAAAUGGGCCGGGUACCAUGUUAUUUCAAGCCCAAUUGAAGCUGGGAAGUUCACUGUUGGAAAGUUUUUGGGUGGGGAUAAUUGGAUUCCAGCUACUGGAGUCCCAUUUACAUCUGGAUUAUGAAGCCAAAAGUUAUGAAUAAUUGAACAUACUUAAUUCUUGUUAAAACCACUUGAUUGUCUUGUAAAUAUAGCCCUUGUUAAGUAAGACUUUUUAUGAUACCUAAAGAAAUAAUUGUAGGGUAUGUUACAUGCAAUGUGUUGCGUAUAAAUGA